AUGAUAUUGCAAUCCGAGCUCUCUGACGUAGUGCUCACAAAGUCACCUAGUGAAUUUGCUCCAAUCAUAGUCUGUGAAGUGGCCAAAAGUGAAUCGAAAGAUGAUCUUGUCUUGGGAAAAGUGGUUAAAGAGAAAGGAAUUGAGUAUGAUGCUGUUGGAUGGGCACCAAAGGAAUAUAAUCCAGACAAUAAGCAGCCCUCUGGUGGACAGGAGCCAAGUGGUGGAGAGGUUGCAGGUCCAAAGGAUGCUUCUUCAUUACAAUCUGGCUUUGUUUGGGAUGAAGCAUCUGGCUAUUAUUAUGAUGCUUCUUCUUCUUCAUUACAAUCUGGCUUUGUUUGGGAUGAAGCAUCUGGCUAUUAUUAUGAUGCUUCUUCUUCUUCAUUACAAUCUGGCUUUGUUUGGGAUGAAGCAUCUGGCUAUUAUUAUGAUGCUUCUUCUUCUUCAUUACAAUCUGGCUUUGUUUGGGAUGAAGCAUCUGGCUAUUAUUAUGAUGCUUCUUCUUCUUCAUUACAAUCUGGCUUUGUUUGGGAUGAAGCAUCUGGCUAUUAUUAUGAUGCUUCUUCUUCUUCAUUACAAUCUGGCUUUGUUUGGGAUGAAGCAUCUGGCUAUUAUUAUGAUGCUUCUUCUUCUUCAUUACAAUCUGGCUUUGUUUGGGAUGAAGCAUCUGGCUAUUAUUAUGAUGCUUCUUCUUCUUCAUUACAAUCUGGCUUUGUUUGGGAUGAAGCAUCUGGCUAUUAUUAUGAUGCUUCUUCUUCUUCAUUACAAUCUGGCUUUGUUUGGGAUGAAGCAUCUGGCUAUUAUUAUGAUGCUUCUUCUUCUUCAUUACAAUCUGGCUUUGUUUGGGAUGAAGCAUCUGGCUAUUAUUAUGAUGCUUCUUCUUCUUCAUUACAAUCUGGCUUUGUUUGGGAUGAAGCAUCUGGCUAUUAUUAUGAUGCUUCUUCUUCUUCAUUACAAUCUGGCUUUGUUUGGGAUGAAGCAUCUGGCUAUUAUUAUGAUGCUUCUUCUUCUUCAUUACAAUCUGGCUUUGUUUGGGAUGAAGCAUCUGGCUAUUAUUAUGAUGCUUCUUCUUCUUCAUUACAAUCUGGCUUUGUUUGGGAUGAAGCAUCUGGCUAUUAUUAUGAUGCUUCUUCUUCUUCAUUACAAUCUGGCUUUGUUUGGGAUGAAGCAUCUGGCUAUUAUUAUGAUGCUUCUUCUGGAUUCUAUUAUGAUGGAAAUACAGGAUUAUAUUAUGAUGGUAACAAUGGGGUUUGGUAUUCUUAUGAUCACCAAACUCAGCAGUACGUGCCCUGCUCUGAUCAGAGUGACAAUAAAACAGCUGGAAAAGGAAAACAAACUGAAUCCUCCAAGGCAUCCGAUGGUUCAACCAAUAGGAAAGUAGUUAUUUCUGCGCCAGCUGCCACAAUAACAUCAAAUGAGAAGGCUGCGUCAUUGCCAGAUGCUGUUCAGGCCGCUGCUAGUGCAGCAAUAGCUGCUGAGAAGAAAGAAAAGGAGAAGUUGAAAGAGAUAAAGCUUGCUUCAAGGAGCAGUAUUCUGGCCAACAAGAAGAAAAUGAGUAAUGUGUUGACAAUGUGGAAGCAGAGGAGUCAUGAAGGGCAAGCACCCCGUGUAGCUCUUGAUGACAAUCAGCCAGCUGCUUCAGCUGAAGAUAAAUCCAAUUCUGUUGGAGCGUCCACAAGGAGCAGGUACAAAAUGGAAGCAGUGAUCACGAAGGAGAAUAUAACUACCAAUUCUGGAUUUACCACAACCACAUCUAUGACUGCUGCCCAGUCUGUUAGUUUGGAGGGUGAGGAUAAGCCAAGGUCGGUUAGUAGCAGCUCAGGGGGUACUGUAAAGGGGUUAAUUAGAGGAAGGGUUGUGGUGAAAUCAGAUAGUUCGUAUCCUGGAACUUUCGUAGGAGCUUCAUCCUCUUCAUCUGCUGCUGCUGCUACAUGCCCUGCUGGUUCUUCAUCAAUGAAUACAGAUGCACCCACAACUUUGACACCCUUUAGAACAGAUGCAUCUGCUUUGGGUUCUUACACACCACCAGUGGCUUCUGGAAGUGGCAAGAGGAGGUUUUCUGAGAUGCCAGUGCAGUCAGUUUCUACUCACAAGGAACAACCUCAAACUACCUAUAGGGAUCGGGCGGCUGAGAGGAGGAGCUUGUAUGGUUCAACAUCUUCCAUUGGAGACAAUGUCUCUGACCUUGGGAUUGGGGAUUCAAAUCGCGAUUCAUCAUCCAAAAGGGGUUUAAUCAAUUCGAUGCCUUUUCCCCCUGGAGUUGGGGGAGGACGUGGUUCUGGAGAUACUACUAAUGUGCAGAGUUAUGAGGUGAUUGCAGCAGACAAAGCCAUUGAUGAGAAUAAUUUGGGAAACCGGAUGCUUUGCAACAUGGGCUGGCAGGAAGGCUGGGGACUUGGGAAGGAUGAGAGUGGCAUGGUAGAGCCUGUGCAAGCACAAGCAAUGGAAAAAAGAGCGGGACUGGGGAGUCAAAAGAAAAAGAAGUUGGAUCCAAACUUGGAGGUGCAAGCUGGAGACAGUUAUCGAACUCUCAUUCAGAAGAAGGCCAUUGCCAGGUUCAGAGAGAUGUCAGAGGAUUAAGGAGUUGAUUUUUGAAACAGUAAAUAGAUGGUUGUGCCAAAGAUUCAGAGUUGGAUGAAUAAGUACAAUCAUGUGGAAAAUGCUUUUAGGUAAUGGAGAUCCCAUUAUAGGGUUCUUUUUGUAAGAAUGAUGUUAGGUUUCUUGCUCUAGUAGAUGGUCCAAAUUAUAGUUGGAAUUUAAACUUUCGUUUAAUUUUUGAAGUCCCAUCUUUUCUUGAUGUAAAGGAAAUAAUUGUGUUAAAAGGAUCUUACAUUACAAGUGGUUAUCUUAUUGUUCAUGAGGAGGUUGUGUGUACUCUCUGUUUCAGUUAUGAAAUCUCUGGCCCUCUUUAACUUC